AAUCAGGGUACCCAGUGGGCUGGCUGAGAGUUGGAAGAUGGCGGCGGUGGUUGCACUGUUGUUUCGCGGGGCUGUUUGCAGGAGCCGUACGAGGCUGGCACGAACGGCAGCGGUAGCGGUCCCCCAGCGGUCGGUAGCGCAUUUCACCUUCGUGCCGGACUCCGACCCUACGCAGCAUGGUCCAACUCAGAAGAUGAAUCUUUUUCAAUCUAUUACAAGUGGUUUGGACAAUACUUUGGCAAAAGAUCCGACUGCAGUGAUUUUUGGAGAGGAUGUAGCCUUUGGAGGAGUUUUCCGCUGUACAGUUGGACUCCGGGACAAAUAUGGAAAGGAACGAGUGUUUAAUACUCCUCUCUGUGAGCAAGGUAUUGUGGGAUUUGGAAUUGGGUUAGCGGUUACAGGAGCUACAGCUAUUGCAGAAAUACAGUUCGCUGAUUAUAUCUUUCCAGCAUUUGAUCAGAUAGUUAAUGAAGCUGCAAAGUAUCGGUAUCGAUCUGGGAACUUAUUUGAUUGUGGAAGUUUAACAAUUCGAGCACCUUGGGGGUGUGUGGGUCAUGGAGCACUCUAUCAUUCUCAGAGUCCUGAAGCGUUCUUUUCUCAUAUCCCUGGAAUUAAGGUGGUUAUUCCAAGAAGCCCCAUUCAGGCCAAGGGAUUAUUGCUGUCAUGCAUAGAAGAUAAAAAUCCUUGUAUUUUCUUUGAACCUAAAAUUCUGUACAGAGCUGCUGUGGAACAAGUUCCUGUGGAGGCUUAUCAAAUCCCUCUUUCACAAGCAGAAGUUCUUCAAGAGGGAAAUGAUGUGACCCUUGUUGCUUGGGGAACUCAGGUUCAUGUAAUGAAAGAGGUGGCCAGCAUGGCUCAGGAAAAAUUGGGAGUCUCCUGUGAUGUAAUUGAUUUGAGAACUAUUCUGCCUUGGGAUGCUGAAACUGUUUGCAAGUCUGUUGCAAAAACUGGAAGGUUGCUUAUUAGCCAUGAAGCUCCAAUAACAGGAGGAUUUGCUGCAGAGAUCAGUUCCACAGUUCAGGAAGAGUGCUUUCUCAACCUGGAGGCCCCAAUCAGCAGAGUCUGUGGAUAUGAUACACCUUUUCCACAUAUCUUUGAACCCUUUUACAUACCAGACAAAUGGAAGUGCUUUGAUGCUUUGCGGAAGAUGAUAAAUUAUUAAAAGCGCUGAGGUCGAAGGGCGAGAAGUGGUCUCCUGUUGCAUUUAUCCAGACUAAUUCUCGCUGCCCGAAAGAUUAGCUGCCAGCUGCUACGUUCCAGGAAUUCUUGAAUAAAGAUGGACCAUGUCUGUACUUUUCUAUUAAAUCUACAAGGGAAGAUAUUGAUAAAUCAGGUUUGCCUCAAGAUACAAAAUUCUUCUGUAUUGAUCACCUGAAGAAUAUCUGACACUCUAUGUAAUAUUGUAAUUGAGUCUGUGGAAUUUAUUAUGGUUCUUCUUUCAUGUUAGAGGUGUCCAUGCAAUGUAAACACGGUGAAAGUGGCUUUUUUUUUAACAUGUACAAAAAUAAAAAUAAUGUAUUUAAGUUGUU